AUGGCUGAAGUUGCCCCAGAAUAUAAAGUUAUUAUGAUCGGAGAGUCAUUCGUUGGUAAGACAUGCAUUGUUAAUCGCUUUUGGGGUAAAAUUUUCAAUUCCAAUGAAGCACCAACCAUCGCAGCAUCUUAUAUUCAAGUUCCUUUACAGUUAAAGCUCGAAGAUCUCAAUAGAACUGUUGACGUCAAGCUCAACAUAUGGGAUACGGCCGGUACAGAAAAGUUCCAGUGCCUAGUACCUUUAUAUGCACGAACAGCGGACGCUUUGAUCGUUGUAUUCGAUGCAUCCAACUUAGUCAGCUUUGAGGGUGCUAAAAAGUGGUAUAUGAAAGUAUUGGAAGAUACAGGAUCCAACCCUGUCGCAGUUUUAUGCGCAAAUAAAAUUGAUCUUGUCUCAGAUUUCAAUCAUCCAGAGUCUGCUGAAUGGGCAGCAAAGAAUGGACUCAAUUACAUGAAAACUUCCGCACUAACAGGUCAAAAUAUUUCAGAAACAUUUUAUAAAAUUGCUGAACAAUUAUACAGAGCCGAAGUCAAACCAGAAAAUAGACUAGAACCAGUUGAGAAAAAGAAAUCUUGCUGCUAA